AUGAAUCUCAUUCUCCUAAUAGACUACAAAUACACACGCUCAACACCACUAAAUGCCUUAAACCGAAUCAAGGCCCCUUAUGAGACGGACAAGGGGAGACUGGAAAUCGUUACUCCAGAUCGCUAUGAUGAAGUCUACGAAAUACUUGGCAACCACUUCACGCCUGAUGAACCCCUGUGUCGAUCAUUCGGCGUUGUAUGGCACCCGGAGUUUGAAAAGAUAACGUAUGAUAAUCUGAAGGAUAACUGCUCGGUCUGCAUGAUCUCAAAGGAAACCGACCAGAUGAUGGGCGUGAGAUUAAAUGGCUUCACUCGACGAAGUGACCCACCGGCGGACUUCAGCAAGAUGGACUAUGAGCCCUUACGAGAGCUUUUUACGUUUCUACACAGUAAGAAUAAGGAGGUGGAUUUCUUUAAUCGGUACGAUGUAGAUGAGGCUUUACAUUUUUACACCCUUGGGGUCCAUAAGAAUUACCGCCGAAUGGGACUGGGGUGCAAACUUUUAGGCGCUGCCGUGGAACUUGGUCGAGAGAUUGGGUUCAAGGCCAUCAGAGGAGAAGGGACUUCAAAUUUCUCGCAGCGAAUUUAUGAGAAGGAGAAGUUUGAUUUAAUUCUGACGAUGCCAUACGACGAGUACACGUACAAGGGGAGGAAACUCAUUGAAGGUACUGGCGAGCAUACGAUGACAAAAGUGUAUGGGAAGAAACUUUGAACAUUAAAUACGGGUGUAAUCCCCCCUCCACCUUCCUGAACCAUAUAUUCCUGUCACGGCGUUUUAACCCUUCUUUGAAGAAGCCGAAGCUGGCUACUUCCUCAAGGACCAGACCCUGUUUAUUUCCAAAAAAUAUCCUCUGAAAUUCCCAAUUAAAAUUAUAUACAUAUAUAACGAGAGUCUUUUGAUGUUUAAACGAGAAUUUCUGAAUGAUAUAUUUACAUCUUUAUUAAUAUUUUACUCCAUUUAUCCAUGUCUAUUUAUUUAAAAAAGUUUUGAAAAAAACCCCUUAAACUGAAAAUAAUUAGUUUUUUUCGCAAAAAGGGCUAGGUUUCUUCCUGGAAAAAAUCAGUCUGAAUCCUAAAUAACAAAUGAAAAUAUUAAGCUGUUUUGAAAGUCUGCGAACUGAAUACAGUAAACUUGCCACGGCCUCGACCGUUCCGCAGUCUUUCUGUAUGGUCAAAUUUCUGCAUACCAUCUGUUUUAGUUCCGAUCAAUCCGUAAACUGAGCCCCUGAAUACCGAUUUCCAGACGGGAGAGGGAGUUACACCCUUCUUAACAUGGUAGUAAACAACAAUAAAUUGUGUUUGAUGUUCGACUGAAUUCAGUAUAUUGCUUGUGAGAUAAAGUUUAGAUGUAUGAAAUUAUAAUACAAAAAUAAUCAAUAAACUCACUGCAUUCAAUAAUUACGUCUUUAAAAGACAGACGUAUUUACUGUAGUUGGUAAUUGCUAGUUUUGAAAAUACACCAUAAAGUUGUUUUACAAAUAUAGCGAUUGUUAAAUUCAGUUAUUUUCGUACACAUAUUUUUUAGUCAAGUGGUCGUUGUCAAGACUUUGUUAAAAUACGUUUUCUCUUUUUUUUUUACAUGUUUCGUAUUUUUGUACCAUUAAAAUAUAUUUAGAAAUGGCCAGUGUUAGUUGUGUUUUUGUUGUUUUCCUCUGCUCAAAUGGGGGUGCUUUUGUCCAUUUUGAUGUAUCGUAUUGCAGAUUCAUGCCUGUCACAAACAAUCUCGGCAAUUUUCAAUGAAAAAUGCUACAUUUUGCAUCCCAAACUAACAGAAAUAGAGGAAUAAUGUAAAACCGGUAUGUCGAAGCAUUUUAAGAAAAUCGCCACCCCCUGCCAUAUUGUUUCACAAUAUAGCAUUCUGCCACAGCUUUCAUUACGCCAACUUAGAACCGAUCCAAAUUCAAUGUUAUCAAAACAUACCUGGUUGUUUGUAUUGUAGUACUGGCAUGAAUUGUUCUAGCACUGUGCCUUAGCUUGCAUAGAAAACACUCUCGAACCAGGUCCAAAUUCAAUGUCAUACCUGGUUGUUUGUAUUAGUGCUGGCAUGAAUUGUUGUAACACUCUGCCUUAGCUUGCAUAGAAAACACUCUCGAACCAGGUUCAAAUUCAAUGUCAUACCUG